GAUGGGAGAGGUGCUUCAUGCGUUGACAUCAGCAGGAUGCUUGAAUUUGUAUAGAGCGAGCUGAGGGAAGUGCUGCUUGCCCACACCAGGCUGUCCUUUUUGACUGCAUGGAAACAACCAUAAUACACGAAGCAUAUGUCACUGCACACUGUGAACUGGAUAUUGACAAUUGAAGAGGGUUGGUACAGUAGGCUUCACUAGACUUAGCUGCAACUCAGAAUUUCUCCUCCAGCACCUGAGUAAAUGCUGAUGGUCUUGUGGAGAGUGGAUUAAGAGUACGAGCUAAGUUCUCAAUCCCAAUUAAGAAGCGGAGGAAAAUUUAAACUGUCUCCUUCAAAGUUUAUCACAACCGCCACCAUCAAGACAGCAAACCAAAGGACAAAGACUUUGACCUGCUGUGUUGCUCUGUGUAGUCCAGUUCACGUAUGGUUUACAGACUUGGCUGGGGUUACUAAUGAGUAAAUAAAAAGUUGGACACUUCUGUCAUUGGACACUUUUAUUCACAAAGUUACCAAAAUGAGGGCUGUACUGGAGACAGCAGACAUUGCCAUAGUGGCCCUGUAUUUUAUCCUGGUCAUGGGCAUUGGUUUUUUUGCCAUGUGGAAAUCUAAUAGAAGCACUGUAAGUGGAUACUUCCUGGCGGGGCGCUCUAUGACCUGGGUAGCAAUUGGUGCCUCUCUGUUUGUGAGCAAUAUUGGGAGUGAGCACUUCAUUGGGCUGGCAGGAUCUGGAGCUGCAAGUGGAUUUGCAGUGGGCGCAUGGGAAUUCAAUGCCUUACUGCUUUUGCAACUUCUGGGAUGGGUUUUCAUCCCGAUUUACAUCCGGUCAGGGGUAUACACCAUGCCUGAAUACUUGUCCAAGCGAUUUGGUGGCCAUAGGAUUCAGGUCUAUUUUGCAGCGUUGUCUCUGAUUCUCUAUAUCUUCACCAAGCUCUCAGUGGAUCUGUAUUCGGGUGCCCUCUUUAUCCAGGAGUCUUUGGGUUGGAACCUUUAUGUGUCUGUCAUCCUGCUCAUUGGCAUGACUGCUUUGCUGACUGUCACCGGAGGCCUUGUUGCAGUGAUCUACACAGACACUCUGCAGGCUCUGCUCAUGAUCGUUGGGGCGCUCACACUCAUGAUUAUUAGCAUGAUGGAGAUUGGCGGGUUUGAGGAAGUUAAGAGAAGGUACAUGUUGGCCUCACCCAAUGUCACUUCCAUCUUGUUGACAUACAACCUUUCCAACACAAAUUCUUGUAAUGUCCACCCUAAGAAAGAUGCACUGAAAAUGUUGCGGAAUCCAACAGAUGAAGAUGUUCCUUGGCCUGGAUUCAUUCUUGGGCAGACCCCAGCUUCGGUGUGGUACUGGUGUGCUGACCAAGUCAUCGUGCAGAGGGUCCUAGCGGCUAAAAACAUUGCUCAUGCCAAAGGCUCUACUCUGAUGGCUGGCUUCUUGAAGCUUCUGCCAAUGUUUAUCAUAGUUGUUCCAGGAAUGAUUUCCAGGAUACUGUUUGCUGAUGAUAUAGCUUGCAUCAACCCAGAGCACUGCAUGCAAGUGUGUGGAAGCAGAGCUGGGUGCUCUAAUAUUGCUUACCCACGCCUGGUGAUGAAGCUGGUUCCUGUGGGCCUCCGGGGCUUAAUGAUGGCAGUGAUGAUUGCAGCUCUGAUGAGUGACUUGGACUCUAUCUUUAACAGUGCCAGUACCAUAUUCACCCUCGAUGUGUACAAACUCAUCCGCAAGAGCGCAAGCUCCCGGGAGCUAAUGAUUGUGGGGAGGAUAUUUGUGGCCUUUAUGGUAGUGAUCAGCAUUGCAUGGGUGCCCAUCAUCGUGGAGAUGCAAGGAGGCCAGAUGUACCUUUACAUUCAGGAGGUAGCAGAUUACCUGACGCCCCCAGUUGCAGCCCUGUUCCUUCUGGCGAUUUUCUGGAAGCGCUGCAAUGAACAAGGGGCUUUCUAUGGUGGAAUGGCUGGCUUUGUUCUUGGAGCAGUCCGUUUGACACUGGCCUUUGCCUACCGUGCCCCAGAAUGUGACCAACCUGAUAACAGGCCAGGCUUCAUCAAAGACAUCCAUUACAUGUACGUGGCCACAGCGUUGUUUUGGGUCACAGGACUCAUUACUGUAAUUGUUAGCCUUCUCACGCCACCUCCUACGAAGGAACAGAUUCGUACCACCACCUUUUGGUCUAAGAAGAGCCUGGUGGUAAAGGAGAGCUGCUCCCCAAAAGAAGAACCGUACAAAAUGCAAGAGAAGAGCAUCCUGAGAUGCAGUGAGAAUAGUGAGGCCAUCAACCACGUCAUUCCCAAUGGGAAAUCUGAAGAUAGCAUUAAGGGCCUGCAGCCUGAAGAUAUUAAUCUGUUGGUGACCUGCAGAGAGGAGGGCAACCCAGUGGCUUCUUUAGGUCAUUCAGAGGCAGAAACACCUGUAGAUGCUUAUUCCAAUGGGCAAGCAGCUCUCAUGGGUGAGAAAGAGAGAAAGAAAGAAACAGAGGAUGGAGGCCGGUACUGGAAGUUCAUAGAUUGGUUCUGUGGCUUUAAAAGUAAGAGCCUCAGCAAGAGGAGUCUCAGAGACCUGAUGGAGGAGGAGGCUGUUUGUUUACAAAUGUUGGAAGAAACUCCACAAGUAAAACUAAUACUAAAUAUUGGACUUUUUGCUGUGUGUUCACUUGGAAUUUUCAUGUUUGUUUAUUUCUCCUUAUGAACUUUUAAGGAUAUGAUGAGACACUAACUUAAGAAAAUACUGGUCUUUGAAAAAAAAACAAAAAAACAAAAAACAAAACACUUAUGUAACUGUUGCAUCUCUCAGGCAUUGUUUACGCUGUAGGUUUUAGCCAAAUUUUACUUAGCAGAAAAAUCAUCUAUUUGCAAGGCUUUAUUUUCCCAGAGAUGGAUGAAAGUAAAAUUUCAAUCUAAAUGAAGUAAAACUUGUUUAACAGACUGAAUUGUGCAAAUGUGGUUUAAAAUUUUCCAUACCAAAGUAAGGAGAGACCAAUUAUUCUCAUAGAGCACUUAGAGCAGAAUAUAUCCUAAGAUAUCACGAGUAAGGUAUACUGUCUGCACUGCCAAAUCUUGGUAGGCCUUCUUACCCUCAAGUAGAAGACUUGCUCAUUUUAAAGUUUUUUCUCUCUGUAAUCCCUACUUCCAUUUUAAAAAACUGAAUUUAUAGACAUUGUAUAAUCAAUUAUGUACUAAAAAUCGCUAACAUGUGCUUGUUUCAGGGCAAGUUCGUUUGCCAGGUUUGUUUUGUUAGCAUGAGCCUAUGGAUUCUGAAUGCUGAAAGAAAGGAAGAAGAAUGUUUUCCUAUAGCUAUUCUUGUACCACCAGUAUAUGGAAUGUUGGGGAAAAAGUUUAUUCCAGUUGUUUUUUUCUUUUUUUCCUACUUUGAAGUUUAAGUGAACCGUACUCAAAUGACCACCAAGUCUGUCUUUAUAAAGUUGUACGUCAUGAUUGUAUUGUAAAUGAUUAUGGGGGAGAAAAUGAAGUAAACAUUGCUGAUGAUCCCCAGAUUUACUGACCAAAUUAAGAUCAUUUAUAUAGUUUGGAAAUUAACAUCCCCUAAGCAGCAUUUGAUCGACAAAGCUGAACAAGUGAUAGUCUAAUACUAAAUAUUGGACUUUUUGCCGUGUGUUCACUUGGAAUUUUCAUGUUCUCAUACUUCAUUAAUUCUCUAGCUUUGUUCUUGUCAUUUGGUAACAUUCUUUAUUAGCCAGGUACCUUCCCAAGUGGAUCCAUUUGGAAGAUAUGUCCGGAAAUUUGAAGAAGAAUUAGCCCUGCCUUUGUGCUGGGUUGCCCUACUUGAUUAGAUCAUGAGAUAUUGCAGUUGAGUUUUUAGAGUGAAAAUUUAAUUCUCAGAUCAUAUUGUAUCCUUGAUAAGUCUUUUUUCCCCGAUUUACUUUUUUUUCAGAAGACUUGCCAUGUGUACACAGCCUCUACAUUUUUGUUUAAAAAGUUGACAGUGACUUAGAGUGUGAUGAUAUUUCGAUGCAAACUGAGCAUCAGUAACAGAAAACUCAAGAGUGCAUGCUUUGCCAUUGGUGGAUUGUCAGUAUAGUUUUUCUGUAGAAUGGAUAGCAUGUUCAAGAGGUGCCAUGAACAAGAACUUCUACGGGUUUUGUAGUGUGUCUUGUAGAGGAGAUUACAGGACUUCCAUUAAUUGUAGGACCCUCUAUCUUGACAUGGCUUUGUACCCAGUUACAGCCUUCCUGGAAGAGAAUCCAUUUUUCACAGGGUGAUUCCCUUCAUGAGGACAGGGUACAAAAGACGUUUGAGAAGAGCUCUACAGAUUAGGUAGUUCUUUGUGUGUCCUGUCCUUUUUCCUCCAUGACAGAUGAAGGAAACUAAUUGUGUAUCUACUUUGACUUUUCUGUCAUCUCUGAUAUUUUUUAAAUUGCAUGAUUUUAUUAACCUUUAUUCUUCAGGGGAAAAUUAUUACUUUUUUAGAUAUUUUUGUAGAUUUUGAAUCAAAACUCUGUCCUAAUGACUUUAAAUUUUUUUGUAUUUAUAAACUAGUUUCAUUAUGAUGGAUUUGAUUAGUUCAAAGUUGAUUUUAGAAAUUGUCAGGUAGCAUAAUGUCUUCCCAUCUCCAGGGGGCUUUCUGAAGGACUGAGUCUGUAGAUGAAAAAAUAAUUCAUGUAUGAAUAGUAUGAUUUCUGAGAGCUUAUUAGAGUGCCUUGUGGAAUUUUGUUCUCAAUUUCAUUCUUAAGGUUUAUGAGCUGGGGGCCAAAUAAAAAUAAGGACCAUCCUUUUCUUGUGUGGAGGCUGAGGCUGUGACAUGUCCAAGGUUACAAAGUCUGUUGGGAAGAACAGAAAACCAGGUGUCCAAAUCUGGAUUCAUGGUUAGUCCUCUUGUUUUUUCAAAGGAACUGUUCUUCCUUUGAGACAGCCUUUUGAUAUUUGGGGAAAUAGUAGGAUCUUAGAUUUUUCAAAUUGACAUUAAGUUGUAGGAACUAAAAUUUUUCUUUGACUCUGAACACCUUGCUCUGUAACUCAGCAGUGAGGAUUGACAUAUUGGCUGAGCAGCCUUCUUACCCCUUCUAUUAAAAGCAUAAAUGAAUAGGUGGUAUUUAAGUGGAUUCUUCCCCCCUUUAUUUAAUGUUGACUCCUAAUAGUUUGGGAUAUUAGCAUCCCCCUACCUUCUCUCUGCUGUUGUCUUAGUAUGAUACAUAAAAUACAUCAUCUUGUGUCUAUUCAUGUGUAUAUAGCAGUAGGUCAAGUUUAGAGUACUAAUGUUUGUAAAUAAGGAAUUAUUAUUAGCAUAUCCAUUAGGGUUGUUUACUCUUGCCAGUAUAAACAUUUUAUUUAGACUGAAGUCCCUGAAGCUUGCCCUUCUUAUUGCUUCCCAGUAAUAGAUAAUGUGCUUGAGUAAGUAUGUGAAUUCCUGAUUGCAACUUCAUUUCAGGGGACCAUUCUUCAGUCUGUAUUUCAUUAGAAUGAUUGUUCAUGGAAUGAUACAUGGUCUGUCUUAAAGCUAGCAACAUAGUCAUACUUUACACUAACUAAAUGGGUUCUAAAUGAUGACAUUGAUACCUAGACAUUAACAUGUAUAUGUUUUCAUAUUGGCUCAAGCUGAGGUUCAGAAUUGGCUAAGAGUGAUUGACUACAGUAGUUAGCUAUGAGUCAGAAUGAAGCGAGGACACUGGUGUUCAAAGGUGGAGAAAAACGUUGUCUUAUCUGCUGUUAAUGGUAUCCCCAGUUCUUAGAUUUUUGUCCUCUCAGGCAAUCUUAGUCUCCAGAUCUGAUGAGAAGAGCUUAUGACCCUGACAUGCAGAAUGAUUAUUGGUUCCUUUGUGGUACCUCUAAUUUCCCUGUUCAUCUAAGAAUAUUUUGUCCUCCCACCCAAGACAGUAAGCGGCUUUUGAAACAGCUGAGCCAGUCUUUUUCCCCAGCCUUUCUUUCCUGGUGAGGUUAUCACUCUUAUCUUUUGGUUAGAGAACCAUCAAGCAGUAGCAAUGGUGCUGUGUCCUUUGGCCUAAAUCCAGCAGAUCUGAUCUCCCAAGUCUUCUUUUUCACUUGGCUCAAAGGAUCCAUUGUCUGUUUGCACAAAGAGGCUGGCCUGGGUCACAAAGCCCUAGCUCUUGGGGAUGGCAAGUCAAGUAAUUAGUGGGGGCCCAUCACUUCCUGAAACUUCACAUUUUAAGAAUUGAGUGGGAAGGUUGUUACUCAGUUCUCUAGCCUGAGGCUAAGUGGGCGCUUGAAAGUCUUGUCCAGGGUGAUUAGAACCUUUAAGUCUCUGCAUUUCUCAGUCCAUUGCUGUCUUCCCUAUAUUGGGUGUAUGGGUCUUCCCCCUCUCUUUAGAUAUCAUUCAAUGUAGCUAUGGGUUAUUCUCAUUCUUUACCACCCUAUAGAGCUGCUAUAUUAUUAGCUAUUAAAAGGUUAGACCCAUCAAUGUUCCUACUUGGCAGUAUUCGGCUUACUUGCUUUUCUUAUACUUUACUCCCAUGUGUCAUUUUCAUCUGAGGUAUGAUGGCUGAAUAUGACCACAUGGGUAUCUAGUAGUGACACCUCAGCAUUUCCUGAGUUUGGGUUGAGAGAUGUAUAAAGACCAUUGUUUUUAAAUUACAUGAGUAUAGAGACGUGCCAGGACAAAAAUUUUCUUAAGAAGUCAGAAACACUAUUAAGUGAGAUGCUGAGAAGUACCUGGGUGAUGCAGACUUGACAAAAAAUAGCUUAAAAUGUGUUAGAUGUAGAAUCAUAUUCAUUGAACUCUAGAACUUGAGGUAUCUUUGCUAUCAGCUAGUUUAAACCCCUCCGCAUAUAGAUUAGGGUACAGUGACUAAGAUCAAGCUUGUUAAACCCUGGUUUGAUGUUAAAUAUCGUAAAGUAUGAGUUUAUUAACGUAUUUGAGGUUAAAAUGACUGAUAUUUCCUAAUGAUACUAGUAGAAAAAAUGCUUUUAGGUUUCAGUAUUCAUAAGAUUUAUCAUUAGCCAGGUGUUAAAUUGUUUAAGUCAUUUUAAUGUUGACAUUAGCCUGAGCAGACUUUUACAAAUGGGAUAUAUUCCUAUUUGUGUGUAUGCCUACCUACCAUUCAGAGAGACUGGUUUCCCCCUUUGUCUUCCCUCACAUUGCUUUAAUUAUUCACCUAUUCUUUCAACACUUGACAGAUUCCUAUUUUGAUCUUUUGUCAGCUUAAUUCACUUUCUUUCAGGCUUAUUGUCAUGGUGUGCAGAAGUGCUGCUUUGCCCGAUAUUUGAAGGUCUGGAUCCAAAUAGUGAUUCACUAAAUAUAGUUGUGUUUAAAUAUACUCAAUUUCUAUUAGCUUAAGCUGUUCUCAAGAAUUAUUUUCUUAGACUUCGUGUUCACUAAUAAUAAAAGCCCUUAGUAAUUCAUCAGUAUUUUAUUCUCGAAACUCAUUUUUCAAAAAUUAGGAGGCAGGAAUAGUUAAAUUCACACCAGUCCCUUUGAAAUGAUGGUAUCACAAUGUGGAGAGGAAUGGAGUUUGUUUUGAUGCCGAAAAGCCUUGUUCUUGCAGUAAUUAAAGGUAAAAAGUUGGAACUAGUCAGUUGGCAUAUAGAGAAGCCCUUUUGUACUAGUUAGGUAUGAAGCUGGAUUACAUAAGAAGUAAUCUUUUGAUCACUACAUUUGGUUUUCUUGGUUGACUUAACUCAGGCCCGCAAACCCUGUUUCCUCCAUUAAGCUAACUUCUCUUAAUUUGGUAUGCUUUUUGUCAAACUCUCACCUCUGUUGGAAGAGUAGAUACUCAACUACUUUGACUCCACAACAGAAUUUAGCUAAGGUUCAAAAUAAUUGAUGGGCUUUGCCAGCACUGAGUCCCACACCAUUAUUCACGUUGUCAUAUAAAUGUUUUUAUUUAAACUUCUCUCUCCAGGGCUGGGAAUAAGGCUUUAAACUACUGAUUCACCUUUAAAGGAAUGUUAAGAGAAUUGAUAUAAUUUGUUUCCAUCUCAAAUCCUUUAUAAAAGAUAGGAUUUAGCUUAUUGUUUUGGGUUAAGCACCCCAUUUAUCUGAUAACUAACAGGCUUAAUUAACCAUUGGCAUAUAGUCUUUUACUCAGAAGUAAACAAAAAAGGUUUGAUGUAUCUGUGUCAUUACUCAUCUCGUGCACUUUACUUUUUCGGGGAGGACCAUAAUCUGAGACUUGACUUAAACCAAUAACCUUAAUUUAUGUAAUGACUUUUAAAAGUUUGAUUUGGUUACCUGGAUGUAUAGCGUGUUUGAAGAGAGGGAUGCUAGAAUAAAUAAGUCAAGACAAAGCACAGUGGUCUCAGAUUCUUGUUAGUGUAGGAGCAGUGCUUUGCUCUCCUCAGAGAAGCACUGUAUUAUAAUUGUUGCCCAGGAUAAUGGAGCCCCCCACCCCAGUUCAAGACAGUUUACAGUAAGUGAACUCUGUCAUUGAGGGAAAUACAUUUUCCAGUGAUUUCGGCAACAGCACAAGUUGACAGUAGAUAACCACACCUAUGUUGGAGACUUAUAUUGGAAAUUCACCUUGUACCCUAGUGCUGCUGGAUAAAGGAGUGUUUACUUUUUUUAUUGCCUCUGGACAAACUACUCUGGAUAACUUUCCAAUAUAUCAGUGUAGCCUAUACCUCUAUAAGUGGAACGUUCCUUAAUAACCCACUUUUUUGUUACACUAGUUGGAAACUGAAAUUAAGCUCAUUGCUAUCUAUAUUAUUGAAACCCCCAAUUGGCAAAGGCCAUUCUGUAGGGUAUUCCGUAAUAUAAUCAUCUUCUGAAAUUUAUGUUUUGAUUAGUGCCUUCUGGUUGCCAAUAUUGAAUCUGCUAGUUCACACCUUUCCCUUUCUUGAUAGAUAACUCUUAUUUGUUACAAUUCCUCUUUUAAAAUAUUGUUAUAGCUAGUGAAGGGAAUACAUUUAUAUUUACAUACUUUAUAUGUAGCCUCUGUUUAAGUUCAAGGAACCAGGUAAGUCUGGUUUGUGUUGCAGCUUAAAUGUUAUUUAUUCAUCUGUAUUUGUUUCUUUUAUAUCCUUAAUUAAAAAUUUAAGGUUACUUAUUCUGUGAGUAUAUUUUAACUUUAUCAUUUUCCAGUGUAGGUUGGAUAGGCAUAUCUGAGAACAUAUAUGUGACAACAGUUUCACAUUCCAUGAUAAGGAAAAAGCUGAAAGUAAGUGUCCAUAGAAAGCACAAAACCAUGUUCCCUCAUAUUUGUAACUCCACAAGACUAAAAAUGUAGAAAGCACAAGACUAACAGUAUUCUCAUUAUCCCACAAGUGCCAGGCAUAAAAAGCCCACCUUGGGUUUGUCUCGAGUUGUCAGGAUGAGGACCGUGGUAUUGAAAGCCCUAGACAGUGAGGUACCUAAGAUAGGGGUCCUAAAUCAUAAGGGAUUCAGCGUUCUAAUCUGAGUGCGUUUGUACUGCUUUGGUGGAGGAGAGAAUACCAAUGUCAAGAAUGCUGCAAUUGUAUUGGGGGUUACUAGCUAAAAUGGGGUCUGUGGGCUCUUUCCUACAAUCUGGAACUUGAGAAACAGGGACAGACUUCUAGGUUUUUGGUGGGUGGAACAUUUUGACAAACUUCUGCUUUAAGCUGUAGAGCCAUUGGAUUUUUUUUUUUAAUCAUAAAUCUUUAGGAAAUUUUACCUCCCGUCAUUAGUACCCUGAAAACAUGGAGAACUCUCACAUUUUAAUAGGGCAAAUACUAAUCUUUAAUCUUUGCGUAAAUUUAAUCUGAACUUAAUGAAGUUAUUUUUUCAUAUGCUUCACUGCACUUCAUUUUAAUAGAGCAGAAUUUGAUCCAAGUGUUACGAGCAUCAAACUAACUGAGACAGAUCUGCCAAAUGAACUGCUUUGCUUUUCACAAUGGUUGUAAGAGUCUAAAGGAUUCUUUUGCCUGUCUCAUUACCCGCUUCAAGACUAGAUUAGAUGAAAUCUGUGAAUAUGCAUGCAAAAGAAGAAAGUAAUGUGUUUUCUUGAACUCGACAUUAUCCUUAUUUUACUCCUCACUGUCUACACCUGAAUAGUCCCUGUUUGUAAACAAUGAAUAAAUACAUUUGUGUCUUGGAUUUUGCCUGUAUGUCAAAAGAUGGAAGGAAGGACUCUCAGGAUGGAGAGAAGUGACUAGCUUUGUUCCCACUCUCCUCUAUUUUGUAUGUUUAUCUUCUUAGGGAUAAUCGUCUUUAAUACUAUAUGGAAUGAAGAUUAAAGCUGGGAUAGACUAAUGGAACAUGUUUUAGAAGAAUUAACCUGAGCACUUUGAGGGAGAGACUUACCCCCUCUAGCCAAAAGUUGCCAGGUUGUGGACCUACAGCAUUUUUUAAGAAUGUAAAACCUCAGACUUUGGUGGGGUUACUGGAGAGGGGUACCAGAAAUGCAGGAGAAAGGAGAGGUUUGAGGAACAUCUUUGGCUUAGCAAUAUGUGAUAAGGCAAAGCAGUAAUAACCCGUUAGUCCUGUGUAGAAUGUGUUCUGUACCUUUAAAUUUUGUUUUUAAAUUUAAAAUAGUUUUUAAGAACUUAAAGGAUGCUUUUGAAGAUUCCUUUGGCAGAAUAUCUUUCAUCUGUAAUUCCAUGGAAAAUUGCUUUAAUUAGUCUAGGUGAAAGUAGUCCUAGCGGUGUAAAUAUGUAUAAAUAGAAUUUUCUGAUUUCACUGUGAGAUCUCUAACUUUUGAGUGGCAAACAGAUCAACAAGUCUUUUGCUCAUGGACUUUUCUGUGGGGUUGUUAAAACGCAAAAGCUUUAUUUUUUAAAUAAUAUUACAUUAGUGUCAGAUGAUGGUAUGGAAUCUGUUGCCCUGCUUUCCCCCACCAAUAUUGCUUCAGUUUAUAGAUUGCCAACAGAGUUCCAAAAUAAAGCGAGGAUUUACCCAUUCUUUGCUUGGACAUCCCAUCUUCUGUUGCCUGGACCUAUGUUGGCAAUCACAUAUGAACUAUGUUAUGCUUCUCAGUGCUUCUUCUUCUCCUUUUUUUUUUUUGAUAAGGUGGAUAUCAAAAAUAGUUGCUGUGCAAAAGUUAGUAGUCUUCUUCAAGAAGAAAACCAAUUCCUUUUCUAAUAUCCUGUGAAAUUGCUUCAUUCAUUCCUUUAUUUUUAAGCCAAAUGUCAGCAGAGUACUGCUGCUUUUAUCUAGUAAUUUUGAUAUGUAAGUAUUAAUGCAUUUUUAAAAGAUGUCUGCAUUGAAAAAUGUUUUCCCAGUGUCCUGCCUCUUAAGCUUUGUUCAAAUGUUCUGUGAGAGACCAGUCUGUGCACUGGGGUUGUGUAUUGUAUACAUGGAUUGUUUUGUCAGUUAUGCAUUGUAGACCAAAUGUGAUUUUAAAUGAAGUUGUUGGGUUAUUGGUGAGUUUUUUGAAUUGUAAACUGAUUUCCAGGGUACCUUCAUUGUCCACAGCAUUUUUUUUUUUAAGGCUUGACUGAUCAGGUCCAUCUCACUGUACAAUGUUUUAGUUGCAAGCAGAAAGUAGAAUUUGAUAUAAACCAGGUUACUUCCAUAUUGAAAGGAAUACAAUUAAAAUUGUAGAUUUAGGAUUGUUAACCAUACAUGACAAUUCUAACUUGACUUAUUCUAACCUAUUGUAUACAAUCUUAUUUUUUAAAUUGUAGACAUGUAUGAUCUUGGUUUAAUGUGUUUUUAAAAGUGUUAACUGUUUAAAAAUGAAAAAAAUGAAGCAAAUCUGCUAAAGAGCUGUCAGUUUUCAUUACUGACUCUGUAAAAUACACUGUUCUUUGUGUACUCUGUGUUAUUUUGCCAGCUGCUGCAUUAGCCUUUAAAAGUAUUUGGAAACUUAAGAUGAACUGCAUUUCUUGCAAAGUAUAUUCCUUUCUGUGGUAUUUUGUCCUGUAACUGAAGUAUAGUAAUUAUUUUAUGGAAAUGUUAGCACUUCUGUACCAACUUUGAAUAAAAUGAAAAAUUUACACUUCUG